AUGAGGACCAAGAAUGGUGAGAAGUGUUGGACUUGCGCACCUGUCGGUGAGGGGCGAUCCUUGGGUAUGGACACAGGUCAGCGGGCCAUGUUUUGGAUGCUGCCAUUGCUGUGGUCUUUCAUGGAUUGGCCCAAUUCCUUCUUUCAGGUUUGCGAUGGAGACCGCGCCCUGACCAUCUUUGUGGCUCUGUGCAUCCUGGGGUAUUUGUGCCAAGUCUUCGCACCAUUUCUGCGAUUGGAUCGUUUCUUCUCUUUCUAUGCACCCUGCAUGAAGAAGGGUGAGUUCUGGCGCUUCUUCACCUACUUCAUGCUGCACAGUGACUUGCAGCACCUUUGCGUAAACCUCUUCCACCUCAUGGACGCCUUGGAUUUGGAAGGUGUUCCAGAUCUGGAAAUGAGUCCAGGGGUGCCGUUGAAAUGCACCAGGGAUGGCCCAGUGGCCUCCAUUUGCUACCCAGACAUUGGCAUUGGUUGGAACAACGUGGUUGGUAUCAUGGCCACUGUCCUGGCUUUUGGAGCCCUGCUUGGCACCAUCAAGAACUUUGGAGCCUUAGUUCAGGGAGCCAGUUCCGUUUGCUUCGGUGUGGAUGGCGCCCUGAUUGCCCUCUACGGCGUCUUUCUGGGCGCAGGGUUGGAUCAAAAGUUGAGGAUCCCCGAGUUUGUUGCUUUUUUCUGGAUGCGUAUUGGCAUCAUCGCUUUCCACAUUGUUAUCGAUAUCGUCCAAAGCGUUUGCGGCUCUGGCAAAGACACAGUGGGAACGGUUGCGCACAUGGCGUCCUUGGUGGCAGGCUUUUGCUAUGUCAUCAUUUUCCUGCCUCCCAUGGGGGAUGGAAGUUUCUUUGGCAGCGACCGGCCAUACAUCGUGAACUGCGGAAUGACCAGCCCGAAGUAUGUCACCUUGGACGCUCGGGGGCUCAAAGAUGUUGGGAAAGGUGCAGAAGGUGUGAUUUGA